UAUGCAUUUCGUGUUUGGUAAUUCCCCGGUGUGAUUCACGACAAGACUCGAGACGAAGCCGAUCGCUAGAUACCAAAUAUCAUCCACGCUCUACCGUUAACGCUUACGUCGCGCAGUGGUCGCCUAUAUUCCAAAACACCGUCGGCGUAGGUCGGAAUAUUAUUAAUUAUUAUCAACAAACAAAAGCAAGAUGGGAAAAGAAAAAUCGUACCAUUCGAACUCAGAACGGAGAUCAAAAACCAAACAUACAUCAAAAAGUAGGUCACGUUUUGAACGUUUUAGUUCUGAACGAACUCGAAGGUCGCGGAGUCCGCCGCCGCGUGAAUCAUAUACAGUACCCAACGAAAGAAAUGAACAAAUGGACGAUAACCUUCGAAUACAAAAAUUAGAAGAAUUGGUUGACAGAUUGAUAAGACAACAAUCAGUGUCGAGUGAAGGAAGUUCGAACGUGAUCCGGAUGACCAUCAAAGCCGACUGUAUACCGGAAUUCGCCCCAGGGAACCCAAAUUUAACCUCUACAAAGUGGGUAGACAAAAUUGAGCAAUUGGCCCUUAUCAAUAAAUGGGAUGAAAAUAUGAUUGUAUAUCACAUGCAAAGUAGACUUACAGGAUUGGCACGUACAUGGUAUAAUAAUUUGACUACUUACGAUUAUUCUUGGAACGAGUGGAAAGAAUUAAUAAAAAGAACUUUCCCUGAUCAUCAUGAUUUUUCAAGCACCCUCAAGAAACUGGUUGCAAGAGUCAAACAACGGAACGAAACCAUGACUCAAUACUACUUUGGAAAAAUGGAUCUGCUACACGCAUGCAAGAUUGAUGGCAAAGACGCAGUUUCAUGUUUAAUUGAUGGAAUAAACGACCGAACAUUACAAAAUAGUGCCAAGGCUGGUAGAUAUGAUACCCCAGAACGUCUGUAUGAAGAAUUCCUUUCCACAAUUACAGACGAAAUUAUUGAAGACACCACCUCUGAUGAUCUCAACAUCGAUAAACGUUUUCGUCGUCGGUUUGAUAAGAAACGACUUAAGUUUAAAACACACUCGGAACAAUCCCGGCAUCUCUCUUUUGCGCAAGAACCCCGAAAGAAAAGAACCAUUUCAUGUUACAAUUGUGGCUCAAUAGGUCAUGUGUCGAGCAACUGUACAAAACCGAGGUUGGAAUGUACGAAAUGCCAUUUUCUCGGACAUAAAGCUGAUGAAUGUAAAAGAUGGUUGAAAAAGAAAAUUGAAAUCAAAGUAGCUGAAUGUAACGACCAGCAAUUCUGCUAUUUUGUCGAUUGCCUUAUCAAUGGACAACUCACGAGAGGAUAUGUGGACACUGGAUGUAGUGUAGUGACCUUACGACAAUCUGACGCUGACAAAUUGAAACUUACCCGCCAGAAUAGCACAAAACAUAUUAAAGGCUACGGAGGAAGCCGUGUAGAGGUCAUUGGUGAGACGAUGGUAACUCUUAAAGUGGAUUUGAUGGAAGCCGAUGUGGAAGUUCUCAUAGUAAACGAUUUUGUACAGUCUGUGCCUGUAAUUGUUGGACAAUCGUUCAUCAAUCAAACCAACGCAACUUUGGUCAUCCGAGAUAAUCAGCUUAGAUUAUUUGAAAAACACCUAGCGGCUCUUCCCGAGAUCGACGAAUUAGAACCAAGAAAAAUUACUCUUUGGGCCCAGGAUGCUGUGGUAAUUCCAUCAAACACAAUUGGAAUUAUAAAGGUUAUGUCAGACAACUACGAUGGAGACGUUUACGUAAAGGAAAGAGUGUGCUCCAAGCCGUAUCAUGAAUACACCAUUCCUAGGUGCGUGACAACUACCAAUGGUGGAGUUAUUUCGUUACGUAACCUGUCCACAAACGAUUUGCAUGUGCCAAAAUUUGGGCUGCUAACGAGAGGUUGCCCGUGUAAGCCAGAAACCCUUCAAAACGAGGUACUGCUGGUCGGCGAGGACGCGACCAACGGCAGCGUGGCCGAGCUGUAAGCUUUAUGCAAAGCUGGGACCCUCGUGCGUCCGGGGGGCGUGGGAGGCAUUCUGGAUGCGCGGGGAAAAGGAAGAGAGCAGUAUGAAUGACGACGGCGACGAACGAGAAGGGGCGCGAGAAGAUACCUAAUUAAGUUAAUUUCUAUAUUUGUUGGUUACCUUCCGAGCUUUGUUUUAAUAAAUAUAUC